AUGAAUAAUAAUCAACUACAAGAACACUCACGACAACUCACUGGACAUGCUCACGUGAUUGGCCGCAUCAUAGGAUAUGUAUGGAGUGAUCCAACGCAAUCGAUACGAUCAAAGCUCGAGUUGGCGUUGGUCUGUCGACAGUUCUUCUCGAUCAUCUCGAGUCGAUACACCAACUCGAUCAAUCUGCACUUCGACUUUAAGGAGAUAAACAACCCAUUCAAUGAGCCUGUCAACACCACCAGUGCCACUGACAUCGUGUCGCACAUCAACUCACCCUACUGCCUGCUAAAGACAGUUCGGCGCGUGACUAUCCACGAAGCCUACGACGAGGAGUACGUCAACAAGACCAACUUGGACGUGCUCUCAACGCACAGUAAUCUCAUCUUUGGCCACGUCGAGGAGUUGGUCUUCGAGAAGAGCACACCGACGCACAUCGUCAGAGAACACUUUGACAACGAUCACAACACUGCUCUGACAUCGAUACGCUGCAACAUCCUCAACUGGCCAGCAGACGAUGUCCUAAGAUUUCUUGGCGCAAUGCCUCGACCACUCAGCAGGCUACAGUCACUGACUCUGUGUCUAGCAAAGACAGAGAGUGACGCCAGUCCGAUUGCGCAUCAACUUCUUCCCCAGCUCAAUCAUCUCAUUGUCAGGGGUGCAUCGUGGCCCAGUCUUGCGUGCGAUGGUGCUCUGCUCAAGGGCCUGGAGACGCUCGUGCUUGGAAGCAAUAGGCAAUACUACGAGGAGGUCUGCUAUCGCAUGGCGAGUCCAGCCACGUUCUUUGAGGCGCUCAAGCAGAACACUCGACUCCGUGUGUUGGAGCUGUGGCUAAGCAACAGCACUCAAGACAACGACUACAAGCCCGCAUUCAUCGACUAUCUCAUCAGCAAUGGAGCCUCACUUCAGUCGUUGACCGUUGGAUUCAUACGUGAUCGAGCACAGGUAGAGGUGAUCGCCUCCAAGCUGCCCCAACUGCAACACCUCCAGCUCGAGACGAACGAGUCAGACAUUGUGUUUGCACCAGCCACACUCAGGUCGCUGAUACUCUCAUCUCGCAGCGAUCGCAACAUCUACUAUAGCGUGCGUUCCAUUCGCGAUCAUGUGCUGCAGGCACCGCUGGCCUACCCCCUGACAUCACUACACCUCCGCUUCUACCAAUUCUACCACACGUCCUCCUAUGUAACCAUCCGGAUGCUCCCGACUCUGCUCAGCGGUGUGGCCUCGCUGCAACACCUGACCAUCGAUCUGUGCGGCGGCUUGGUAGAAGAGGAACUGGUACCGGCCAUUCCCUCGAUCGUCGAGAAGGUGCUCAAGGUGCUCGAGGAUGGCUUCCAGCUCGACACUGAAUGCUUAUCGUAUGAUGAGUUCAAAAAGGCGGUCAAGAUCAAUCAGCAGCACCAACAGGUACCUGCCACAGGUGGCUGCGUGCAAUCCUGUGCGAGCUAUCCCAUCAUUAUCUUUGAGUGGCAAAGGCCCGGCAAUAUUAUCCACUCAAUGCGGGACACAGUGACACCGGGAGCACUCAAGCACUUUAAGUUGAUCAAUCAGACCGCCUCCCUGUCGCAAGUGGAGCACUAUGGUACGGUGGUGUUCUGCUACCAACUACAAGUGACACGACCCAACACGGUGUGCUCGUGUAUCUCGCAGAAAGACUUGGACAUGGACGAUGCACUUGACAGAUUCAUGGCUGGUUUCAUCAGCAGUGACAGCUUUGAGUACACCUGCCAGUACGGCGACGACUUUCAACAAAUGGAGACCUAUGGCUUCGAGGGCGGCAUGUCCUACGAACGAGUCGAGAAUGUGCGCGCUCUCUACAAAUCAAGGGAUACCAACAAUAUAAGGUGGAAGACAUAUUAG